AUGGAUUCCUAGUUUAUAAAAUUAGAUGUUUUGGGAAGUGGUUCAUUUGGAGUUGUUUACAAGGUCCAAAGAAGCUCUGAUAAGCUUAAUUUUGCACUGAAACAAUUUAAUAACCCAGAUAUUGGACAAAUAAUAUAAGAAAUAAAAGUACUUCAAGAGAUGGAUUUCAAGAAUAUCAUAAGGUAUUAUGAUUCUAGCUUGAAUCCUCCUUAUAUAGUAAUGGAAUACUGUUCAAAAGGCAGUUUAGAUAAGAUGAUAAAAGAUGCUAAAUAAUAGAAUAUGCAAAUUUCUGAACAGAAGGCAUUGGAUAUUGUAAAAUAGAUUCUUAAAGGACUUAAAAAAUGCCACGAAAAUAAGUUGAUACACAGAGAUCUAAAACCUGCUAAUAUUUUAAUAGACUAAAAUGAUGUUAUCAAGAUUGGUGACUUUGGAUUAGCAAAAUUUUCUGGAGCAAACUUAUGCAAAUAGUUAAGUAGGCACUAUUCUUUAUAUGAGUCCAGAAAUUAUAUAGGGUAAACAUUAUGA